GGGCGGUGCAUAGACGGAAGUGAAGGAGCAGUGUGAUUAUUUGGUGGCAAAAAAGGCAGGCCUCAGAGGGGAAAACAACCUCCUGUCUUCACCCCACCCCACGAAAGGCAUGCAUACGAAAACAAUGGGUUCCACCAGCACCAUGGAUGCACGAUUUACUCGUGGGAAGUCAGCUAUCCUUGAGCGGUCGCUCACCCGCCCAAAGACGGAUGUCAGUCUCAGUGCUUUUUCGCUACUGUUCUCUGAGAUUGUGCAGUACUGCCAGAACCGGGUAUACUCUGUCUCAGAGCUUCAGAACAAGCUUUCUGAACUUGGCCAGCAAGUCGGAGCCCGCAUCCUGGAUGUUCUGGUGAUGCGGGAGAAAAAUGGUAAGCGAGAAACUAAAGUCAUCAACAUCCUGCUCUUCAUCAAGGUGACCGUAUGGAAGGCGCUCUUUGGGAAGGAGGCGGAUAAGCUGGAGCAAGCCAAUGAUGAUGACAAGACCUACUACAUCAUUGAAAAGGAGCCUCUCAUCAACACAUACAUUUCAGUGCCCAAGGAGAAUAGCACUCUCAACUGUGCCUCCUUCACAGCGGGCAUCGUGGAGGCCAUGCUCACCUGCAGCGGCUUCCCUGCUAAGGUCACAGCCCACUGGCACAAGGGCACCACCCUCAUGAUCAAAUUUGAUGAGUCAGUUAUAGCACGUGACAAAGCUCUGGAUGGCCGCUGAGUAGAAGUGGUCUGAACUGAUCUGAAUUGCUUUUGGGUAAUGUGUACUCUGACAGGAGUUUGAACUUGCUGCCCUGACCAUCUUUGGGCUGCAUGUAGUGCGGGAAAACCAGUCCACUUCAUGUUGUUAUGUCCUCUACAUUAACUCUGGUAGUGAUUUUUUUUCCCCAGCAUUGGUACUUAUUACCCAGGACCAUUUCAAUUUCCAGAGAUCUUCCCUGAUUGCAUUCUUAAGCUUGGCAAGACUGAAAGCUGGGUAGGCAAUGGAGAUUAUACUUUUCCCUGCCACAGUGUAGCUCAGCCAGUGAGUAGGGCUAAGCUUAGUUUCCAUACAUAUGAUUUGAUUUAAGGUAUCUUUCUCUCCUAUUGUCCUGUAUUUCUUUGUUUCUCCUCUUCUGAAGUUGCACCUAAAGAAUAGUUCUAAAGCAUGAAUGUGGACGGCCUGUUUGCAUUUAGAAUGAGCCAAGAAGUUCUCAUUUUUGUCAUGUUUUUUGUUGUUGCAGAGUUAGCCUCUAUAAAUUGGUGUUAAGUGUUGUUCUUACAUUCUGGCCUGCAGGAAUGAGUUGGAAUUGGUUUAGCAAAGGCAUUUUCUUCUGCCAACUCUUGAUCAUUGUGUUCUGGCAGCCAACAGCAGAGCUCUAGAGGUCUAGCACUUCCCUUUUCUCUGAAGUCAGGCUUGGAGGAGGCCAAGCAAUGCAUGUUUGAGAGUUGUUCCCCCAAAGACAUUCCAGCCUUAAGUUGCAACAUAGCAGCAGAUGUCCAUCUCUGAAUUAAGGAUUCCUGUGGAAUGGGUGGGUCUUUUUGUUAUUUUGUUAAAGAAAAAGGAAAAUACCAAGAACCUAUGGUUGAAAGAAGCUUGCUUGCUGGGCUAUUUUUUUUUAAAGUUUAAAAUUGUUCCAUUAAAUAUGGUUAUGAUACUAAAGGUUCUGAAUGGUGUGUUGUUGUUGCUCUC